AUGCGCUGGAUUUUACUUUAUGUUUGUGUGCCUCUUCUGUGCUGUUCUGCCGUGAACAACAUGAAAUCUCUGACGGAAUCUAUGGGGCAAGAAGUCAUUGAAAUGGAUUCUCCAAAAGAACUGCCACCAUAUAUAGAAGAAGAACCAUCAGCAGAGAGAGACAUCGACAUCAAACCCAUCACUACGCUUCUGCCCGCUACCAAGAUCAAUCUUAAAAAGAGUUCCACGACUAAAGAAAAUCAACGUAGAAACAAAGAGGCGGAAAAGAUUGACAGCCUACAGCAAGAAGAAGAGGCGAGAAUAGAAAAAGAGUUGGCUGAUCUUUAUAAGGAUUCCGCAGACUACAAGGCGGACAGCGCAGAAAUUUCCAAAGAGCCAAGCGAAGCCACCAACGCGACCACGCAAGCACUUCCAGAAGUUACUACAGAAGUUACCGACAAACCAAUAGCUAGAGCAGGAAACGAGUUCAAAUUCCAGCCUGACAGCUACAAUUUCGCUGAUGUGGAGCGCUUCAGGACCUCGAUAGACAUCAUUCGCUGUGACAGAAAUCGACUCUCGGGAACUACCAAGUCGCCCUCCUCAUCCGGACACCGUUAUUCAGCAAAUGUAAUAAUUAUAGCGAUAUUCUUUUCUAAAACCUUUUUAAAUUUGUAA